AUGGUUAAAGACUUAUUUUGUACCCUUGAUAUCGUUUGUGAUGCUUCUAACCAUAUCACCGACAGAGUUUAUCGUAGACAUACGUCAAAUAAUCUAUGUGAUGCCGCUCACCAUAUCCCCGACAGAGUCAAUCAUAGACAUACGUCAAAUAAUCUAUGUGAUGCCGCUCACCAUAUCCCCGACAGAGUUUAUCAUAGACAUACGGGAAAUAAAAUAUGUGAUGCCGCUCACCAUAUCCCCGACAGAGUUUAUCAUAGACAUACGGAAAAUAAUAUAUGUGAAGCCGCUUACCAUAUCCCCGACAGAGUUUAUCACAGACAUACGGAAAAUAAUCUAUGUGAUGCCGCUCACCAUAGCCCCGACAGAGUUCAUCAUAGACAUAUAGAAAAUAAUCUAUGUGAUGCCGCUCACCAUAUCCCCGACAGAGUUCAUCAUAGACAUACGGGAAAUAAAAUAUGUGAUGCCACUCACCAUACCCCCGACAGAGUUCAUCAUAGACAUACGGGAAAUAAUCUAUGUGAUGCCGCUCACCAUAUCUCCGACAGAGUUCAUCAUAGACAUACGGGAAAUAAUCUAUGUGAUGCCGCUCGCCAUAUCCCCGACAGAGUUCAUCAUAGACAUACGGGAAAUAAUCUAUGA